UAUCGCAUCGCCUCGCAAGACCGUGGCAGUUCCAUGCAAAAUUAUGGAAUCUACUUGCAGAACUAUGGAAUCUCCAUCUAAACCUAAGAAAUCUCCUGCAAAGAAGAUGAAAUUAAGCAAUGAACCGUCUCCGCCAAAGAGAGGCCUUUGUCCACCUCUUGUAGUUAUUUUAGAGGAUGUGGAAAGUUUUCCUGCAAAUAUUCUUCAUGACCUCAUCCUUAUCUGUAGUGGACAUCGGUGUAGUUUACCCAUUGUGUUUGUGUUCGGUGUGUCAACAACUCCUGCUGCUGUUCAUCGCAGUUUAUCACAAGAUGCCUCUGCUUGUGUUGCUAUGGAAACUUUUCAAGCUCAACCCUCCACUCAUUAUCUUAAUUAUGUCAUUGAAAAGGUUUUGAUGUCAGAAAAAGUGCCAUUCCAUGUUGGAGGAAGACCUUUUAAACUACUCCUAGAUAUUUUCCUCUACAAUGACCUCUCUGUUAAAAAUUUCAUUAAAGGGCUUAAACUAUGUAUGAUUCAACAUUUCCUUGGUAACUCAUCGGCCUUCUUAUGCUGUCCUGCCUCUGAAAGAGCUUCACGUAUAAAGGCCAUGCCACCAGCUCAGUUAGACGUCAUCCAUAAAUUACCGUCGUUCAGAUCCUACGUUGAAAGCCGUCCUCCAAAGGAACAAACAGCUCUUCUCCUUGAUGAAAAAACAUCCAAGGCUGCAGUGCGCACGCUGAUGAACGAACUGGACUCGUGGUAUGGUCGUUUCUGCUGCCUUGUUAAAGUGGUCCAUGCGCUCACAAGUUCACUACCAAGCACUCCUCUAGGUCGACAGGUAAGAGAGGUCUUAACAACCUGCUUGUCACAAAAUUUGGUUGAGACAGAAGAAUUCAAGGAAGCUGACAAGAUGCUAAGGCUUAUAUGGCUCGUGAAGAACUGCUUCCCAACUGAUUUUCACGUUUACAUUUUCUCCUCCACAGAAUGGCUACACAAAGAUGAAGAAUUAUCAGUGUUAUAUGACGAAUUAGCUGUAAUUUUAGGACGCUUGAAUAGUUUGGACCAGCUGGACCAAGUAAUUGAUAACUCGCCAUCUGAGGAACUGCCCCUCAACAUCCAAUCAUCUGACAGAUUUCAGUUAAAGGAGAAAUUACUUGAAAUUGCAAAGAAGAAAAACAAGAGACCAAAUGCUUAUGAGCUGCUACGUUCAGAAGUAUUACAACUGCUGUCAAAUGUUUUUGAACUACACUUACAACCUGUAAAUAAACAGCCGCUUCACGAGAUACUCUUCUUUGAAUCUUCGUCGUCAGUGAAGCAACAUCUGGUGGGCAUGCCAAGAGCUGCUCUCACUACAGCUUUGUCAAAUCCCCACCACUACUUACAGUGUGAGUGUUGUCAGCUGGAGGACCCGUCAAGUGUGGUGACAACCUUACCAGACGUCAGCGUGGUCUACAAGCUUCACUUGGAGUGUGGGCGCCUCAUCAAUUUGUAUGACUGGCUUCAGGCCUAUAUUUCAGUGGCUGAUCCAGAGGAAGAUACAUCCAGCAAGAAUGCAAUAGAUCAGAGACUUCAAGCACGGUUUGUUCAGGCUGUGUCUGAAAUGCAGUUUUUAGGCUUUGUUAAAGCAACUAGUCGCAAAACUGAUCAUGUGGCCAGGCUGACGUGGGGCGGGUGCUAAUAUCACGAAUGCCUUAAACAUCAUGCGACGAAGACACCUCUAACAACAAAUGUCAUUUAUUUAACCAGUAUAUUAUUAUGCAAUGGUUAAAUCAAACAAUUGUCAAGAUUCCUAAAGUAAUUAUUAAUUUUUGUUUGAUUAUAUUUUUCAAUACAAUUUUAUGAAUUCUAUGAUUAAGAAAUCAAUAAAUGUUAAAAUAUUUUUUAAUAAAACAGCAUCUGUAUUUCUUAAUAAAAUUUUACCCAAU